GUUUUAGAGUCAAGUCAUUCAGACUUUACUCAAGUAAAACAGACAGUGAAAUUUAUUGUUAGUGGCAUUUUGUAUAUUAAUUCAAUUUCAAUUCAAUAGAUUUGGGUUAUCGAAUUGUGAAAACAUCAUAAGAAGUCUGAAAAGAUAUCAAAGGUUCCUGAGCAAAACUUUCGAGAAACAUGCGUACAAUCUUGGAUUUAUAUUAUGGACGUGGUAAUAAAAAUUUCGAGACAAAGGAAUCGUUUCAGCUUAUAUUUUGGUGUUGGUCACUAAUGGGUAUAAAACCAUUGAAACCCUACGGAUUCCGUCGAUUAUGGCCCAUGGCGUUCGGCUGGACUUGGCUGCUCAUGAGCCCGGUGGCUUUUAAUGUCGGCGUCAUGCUAAUUAUGCGAAAUUCAUCUAUGACCGUUAUAUUAACUACUCUACAAGCGGCAAUCAAUGUGACGGGUCUACCGAUGAAGGCGGUCGUUGCAGCCUGUUACUUAUCUCGUCUACGUAGUGUCGACCCGAUUUUCAAAAUUUUGGAUGCACGCUAUCAGACUCCGGAAGAACGUUUAGCAAUAAGAGAAAACGUUAUACAAUCGGCACGCUUAUUUGUAACUUUUAUCGUUUCAUAUUUCACUUAUGCCACCAUUUCUUGGCUACCAUCGCUUUUUACGCACACUCAACCGCUAAACAUAUGGCUCCCACUUGUUGACUGGAUUCAACAGCCGACCAUACACUUUUGUCUUCAUUUUCUCAUCGAACUGAUUUAUAUAUACUUUUUGCUGACCAUUCAAUGCAUGAGCGAUCUAUAUCCGGUUGUUUAUAUCAAAGCCGUACGUACACAUAUUACUCUGCUUACUGAGCGCGUGAGUAGGUUGGGGGAGAAUCCGAAUCUCACCGACGAGGACAAUUAUCAGGAAUUAAUUGAUUGCGUGCGGUCGCAUCAGGAAUUAUUGCAAAUCUCUAGGAUUGUUGGCUCUGUGCUAUCGCUCACCAUCUUUAUACAGUUUAUAAUAGCUGCCGCUGUACUCUGUGUCAGCAUGCUCAAUAUUUUCAUAUUUGCCGACGCGAGUCAUCGGGUAAUUUCGAUUGUUUAUUACCUUUGUGUGUUGUUGCAAACCUCAGUCACUUGCUAUCAGGCGUCGAUGCUCGAGUUGGACUGCGAAAAGUUGCCCAAUGCGAUCUUCCAUUGCAAUUGGUUAGCUUUGGAUAAACGUUCGCGUCGUGUGCUGAUCUAUUUUCUACAUCACGCUCAGGAGGAAAUCUCUUUCGUAGCUCUUAAGUUUUUUAAAAUUAAUUUGGGAACUAAUUUGUCGAUCGCCAAGUUCUCAUUUACCUUAUAUACCUUCAUGAACCAAAUGGGUGUCGAGCAGAAUAUAAAGGAGCAAUUUGAAUAAAGAAGCAAAUAUAUAGUAAUAAUUUGAGUCAAAAGUGUUGUCUAAGUUGCAAAUUAUUGUAGGUUUAAUAAUUUCAUUUGCUUUCAUUUUAAACAUUUUAGUUUUGUAUAAAAGAAUCGGAAAAUGUAGAAAUUUAUUUUUCUGAAAAAUGGAUAAAAUGUGAACUGUUUCUUUUAUUUUGAAAUACUUCUGUGAUUUGCAGUUAACGUGAUCGUUUCCCCUGUUUUUGGAACAAUAAAAUUAGUUCCUAAAAAUCGUUAUGCCUCUGUUCCUUCAUCGCUUCUGUAACAUUUUAAGGAAUUUCGAGAAACUCCCCAAUAACUUUUCGUCGUUUUUUUCACAUUGUGACACCUCUAAUCUAAUUGAUUCUCCACUUAGGUCCUUCACCGCGGUUUUGUCUUCGAUAAAUCGUUUCAAAUCUUGUGAGUUACUGGUUGUCUUCGAUUCGCCAAGCGUUACUUCCCAGCGAAUUGAACAAGCUAUACCAGUUGCUCAAACAAACGGACAGCGCUUGUGGUACAACCUUGCACUAACGCAUGCGCAAUAGUGCUAUGAUGCUUUCUUAGUGGAGAAAUUAUUUUUUUAGCGUUAAAAAACGUUGAUGUAACCAUUUAUUUGGGUGUUCUAUAAAUUAUUAUAAUUGAUUUUAAAUUUGUAAUUCCAUUUGCCACUUGAACCCUUCACAAUAGAAAAAGUGAACAAAAAUAUGCAAAACAAAACUUGGCAGCAUUGCAGAUAAAAAUUAUACUACUUUAUAAAGUAUCCGCAUACACUCCUACUUCAAGUCAACUCGAUAACUUUGUUGUUGCUUUUACAUGUAAGAGAGCAGAGAAAUUACCAAUCAAACAGUCACCGGCA